GAGCCCGGUUGCUUCAGCGAGUCGAACUACUUACAGUUCUAACCCUCGUCAAAUAUGGCAUCUCCCUUGCCUCCUGCAGCAGGGAUGGAAGAAACGCCACUGUCUUUUUAAGCUAGCAAGCAUUUCUUUUUCUUUUUCUUUUUAACAAUUCUAAUCAUGGAUGCUUCUUCUGAUCCCUAUUUGCCUUAUGACGGGGGAGGAGACUAUAUUCCCCUGAGGGAAUUACAUAAAAGAGGAACUCACUAUACAAUGACAAAUGGAGGCAGCAUUAAUAGUUCUACACACUUACUGGAUCUUUUGGAUGAACCAAUUCCAGGCGUUGGUACAUAUGAUGAUUUCCAUACUAUCGACUGGGUGCGAGAGAAAUGUAAAGACAGAGAAAGGCAUAGACGGAUCAACAGCAAAAAGAAAGAAUCAGCAUGGGAAAUGACCAAAAGUUUGUAUGAUGCGUGGUCAGGAUGGCUAGUAGUAACACUAACAGGAUUGGCAUCAGGGGCCUUAGCUGGAUUGAUAGACAUUGCUGCAGAUUGGAUGACUGACCUAAAGGAAGGCAUUUGCCUUAGUGCUUUGUGGUACAACCAUGAACAGUGCUGUUGGAGGUCUGAUGAAACGACAUUUGAGGAGAGGGAUAAAUGUCCACAGUGGAAGACAUGGGCAGAAUUAAUCAUAGGUCAAGCAGAGGGUCCUGGUUCUUACAUCAUGAACUAUAUAUUGUACAUCUUCUGGGCGUUGAGCUUUGCCUUUCUUGCCGUUUCCCUGGUAAAGGUGUUUGCUCCAUAUGCCUGUGGCUCUGGAAUUCCAGAGAUUAAAACCAUUUUGAGUGGAUUCAUCAUCAGAGGUUACUUGGGGAAAUGGACUUUAAUGAUUAAAACCAUCACGUUAGUACUGGCUGUGGCAUCAGGUUUGAGUUUAGGAAAAGAAGGUCCCCUGGUACAUGUUGCCUGUUGCUGUGGAAAUAUCUUUUCCUACCUCUUUCCAAAGUAUAGCACAAAUGAAGCAAAAAAAAGGGAGGUGCUGUCAGCUGCCUCUGCUGCAGGUGUUUCCGUAGCUUUUGGUGCACCCAUCGGAGGAGUUCUUUUUAGCCUGGAAGAGGUUAGCUAUUACUUUCCUCUUAAAACUUUAUGGAGAUCAUUUUUUGCUGCUUUAGUGGCUGCCUUUGUUUUGAGAUCCAUUAAUCCAUUUGGUAAUAGCCGCCUGGUCCUUUUUUACGUGGAGUAUCAUACACCAUGGUACCUUUUUGAACUGUUUCCUUUUAUUCUCCUCGGGGUAUUUGGAGGGCUUUGGGGAGCCUUUUUCAUUAGGGCAAAUAUUGCCUGGUGUCGUCGACGCAAAUCCACCAAAUUUGGAAAGUAUCCUGUUCUUGAAGUCAUUAUUGUUGCAGCCAUUACUGCUGUGAUAGCCUUCCCUAAUCCAUAUACUAGGCUCAACACCAGUGAACUGAUUAAAGAGCUUUUUACAGACUGUGGUCCCCUGGAAUCCUCUUCUCUUUGUGACUACAGAAAUGACAUGAAUGCCAGUAAAAUUGUUGAUGAUAUUCCUGAUCGUCCAGCAGGCCUUGGAGUGUAUUCAGCUAUCUGGCAGUUAUGCUUAGCACUCAUAUUUAAAAUCAUAAUGACAGUGUUCACUUUCGGUAUCAAGGUUCCCUCCGGCUUGUUCAUCCCCAGCAUGGCCAUUGGAGCGAUCGCAGGAAGGAUUGUGGGAAUCGCAGUGGAGCAGCUUGCGUAUUAUCACCACGACUGGUUCAUCUUUAAGGAGUGGUGUGAGGUCGGGGCUGACUGCAUUACCCCCGGCCUUUAUGCCAUGGUUGGUGCUGCUGCCUGCUUAGGUGGUGUGACAAGGAUGACUGUCUCCCUGGUGGUUAUUGUUUUUGAGCUUACUGGUGGCUUGGAAUAUAUCGUUCCCCUGAUGGCUGCAGUAAUGACCAGUAAAUGGGUUGGAGAUGCCUUUGGUAGGGAAGGCAUUUAUGAGGCGCACAUCCGGUUAAAUGGAUACCCUUUCUUGGAUGCAAAAGAAGAAUUCACUCAUACCACUCUGGCUGCUGAUGUCAUGAGACCUCGAAGGAAUGAUCCUCCGUUAGCUGUCCUGACACAGGACAACAUGACAGUGGAUGACAUAGAAAACAUGAUUAAUGAAACCAGCUACAAUGGCUUUCCUGUUAUAAUGUCAAAAGAAUCUCAGAGAUUGGUGGGAUUUGCUCUCAGAAGAGACCUAACAAUUGCAAUAGAAAGUGCCAGAAAAAAGCAAGAAGGUAUCGUGGGCAGUUCCCGGGUGUGUUUUGCGCAGCACACCCCGUCUCUUCCGGCGGAAAGCCCGCGGCCCCUGAAGCUGCGGAGCAUUCUUGACAUGAGCCCUUUCACGGUGACCGAUCACACCCCGAUGGAGAUCGUGGUCGACAUUUUCCGGAAGCUGGGCCUGAGGCAGUGCCUUGUAACUCACAAUGGGCGCCUCCUUGGCAUCAUAACAAAAAAAGAUAUCCUCCGUCAUAUGGCCCAGACGGCAAACCAAGACCCCGCUUCCGUAAUGUUCAAUUGAGUCCCGUAGAUGAGGAGAGAGAGGAGGCGGAAGAGGAAGUUCGUUUGUUGAAUAGCACAACUCUGUAACCUGAGAGAGUCGUCUACUUAUUUUUCUCCUGUAAAAAAAAGAAAGAAAGAAAGAAAGAAAGAAAUGUAAAAGCCAGGCUUUUGCAACAUGGUUUGCAAAUAAUGCUGGUGGAAUGGAGGAGUCGUUGGAGGGGCGAAAGGAGUGCCCUGUUUCCCCCUCAACUGAGAGCAGCCAGUCAGCUCCUGCUGUUCUGCACUGGAUGUGUUCAGCCACUGACGGACGGACACGCGUGAUAGUGCAGGCCUGAGCCUCAGAGGAGAGGACCCGCGGGGAGCACCUGGCCUGCAACUCCAACAUCGCCAAGACGUGUCAUCCGUCCCUGUUUCUGGAGGGAUUACUUUGAAUUGAGCCAUCUCUAAGACUGCAAGGUUCUUGCCCUUUUUUAAAAUCAAAACUGUUAUGUUUAAUUCAUGAAUUGUAUAGUUAAGCAUUACCUUUCUACAUUCCAGAAGAGCUUUUAUUCCCUUUUCUCACUCACUCACUCACUCACUCACUCUCUUUCUCUGUAACAAAGCCUCUUUAAAUUGGUGUACCCUUUUGAAGCAGUCCUUUCUCAUAUUGAGAUGUACUGUGAUUUUACUGAGGUUUCAUUACAAGAAGGGAGCGUUUCUUGUGCCAUUAACCAUGUAGUUUGUACCAUCGCUAAACGCUGGGGGCAGCACGUGCACACAGGCUGAGCAAACAGGUCAAGUCUCAAAUGAAGUGUGUGUGCUGUGUGGCUCAGACUCGACAAGGAAACUUGACUUAGGAUAAACAGCUUUCUUUUUGUUUGUUUUUUUCCUCUCAGACUUUAUGGAUAAUGUUACCUGGUCUUAUGCAUAUUUUCUAUUUCUAAAACUACUAUGAUAUACAAGUAGUGUUCAGCAUAAGGAAAUAAUGCUGAUGCUUUGACAGUAAAGAGAAGGAAGUAUUCUGUUUAGCUAUAUCUGGUAUUAAUUGCAUGUUUAAACACUGGAAUUUUUUUUCUUGAAAUUAGAUCAGUCAUUUUUUUUGUUUGUUUCCCCAAUAUAUUUUACUGCUGACACUGAAGAAGAAAUGUAAUUCAUAACUUGCACUAAAUGUAUACUUCUUUUCUUAAAAAUCUACCAUUCUUAUUUAUAUUUUUAUGGAUUAAAGUUUAUAAAAUACAGAUCAGUUAAUAUCUCACUUAAAUAAUUUUACCUUUUUAAUGUGAUUUUUAUAGACUAAUUCAGACUUACAAAUAUGGAGAUAUGAACAAAGUUUACAAUGGGAACAGGGGGUUAAAAGAGGCUGUGGUUAUUUCUCUGUGAUCCAGUGUGUACAUAAGCCUGUUUCUGAUCUUUCACUGCCAUCCCCUGGAUUAUGUCUUCUGACCUGUCCAUUUUGACUCAUUAACUGGAAAGUUGAAACACUGCAAAUCAUUUUGCAGAUUAAAAACAAUAAAUAGUGUUAACCAUUUAAAAAAAAUCAAAUGGAAACAAUAAAAUUGCAAAGGUAGUUAAAAUUUUAAUCUGAACAUAACCUUUGAAAUCUUGGGAUAUGUCACAUCCUUAAGUGCUUGAUGAUGUUUUGACUUCACAGUAUACAUUUUUGCAGGAUGGGUUUCAAAUGUACUGGGGUUGCUUUGGGAUUUUUGUUUUUGGAAAUGUCUGUCCUAAUCAUGGUCUUCAUUCUGACAAAGGCAGUGUACCUGAAGGACUGGCCUCAGUGUUCUGUGAUUAUGCAUUUUUGGUAGGAAAAUGAAUUUUUGCAGACAGGCAUUUUCUGAAACACAGCUGGCAAUGAGCCGUUUUUACAUUUUGGAAGUGAUUGUUCACUUCAUAGUUCUUAAUAUUUCUGUAAGGUCUGUAAGAUCACACAGGAUCUGUAGGAUCUUAAAGAUUUAUAAGAUCAUGAAGCCAUAUUAGAAUGACAGUUGAAAGUUGAGCAGAAUUUUAGGAAUUUCGUGAAACAUUCUGAGUUUUGCUAUCUGCCUAAAAUUAGUUGUUUCGUUCUAUUUAUUUUCCCCCAUUGGCAGACUUCACAUUUUCUUUCUAUUUUUUUUUUUUUAGCUGAGCCAUCCUGCUACCUGUUGGCAGCUCAGCGGCUGCUCAGC